CCUGGAAAGUUCAAGCCACCAACACAGAUGAUCACUAUAGAUGGAAACAACCUUACUCCCGGCGUUCUCCUCGAGCUUGGCAAGGGGAAUUACAAGAUUCAGCUGAGCAGCGACUCUAUCGAAAGAGUCAGAAUGGCCAGAGAGAUGCUGGAGGCCAUUCUGAAGGAAAACAAAGUGGCAUACGGCAUAAACACGGGCUUUGGAAAAUUCGCCCGAGUAGUUAUUCCUGACGACAGCCUCAAGGAGCUGCAAGAAAAUCUUGUUCGGUCGCAUGCGGCAGGAGUCGGCAACCCUUUGUCUCCGGAAAAGACGCGCAUGCUGCUCGCCCUUCGCAUCAACGUGCUCUCCAAGGGAUACAGCGGCAUAUCCUUGGAAUGCCUGCAACAACUUGUGGACGCCUUUAACGCAUCCUGCCUUUCGUGGGUGCCUGAGCAAGGCACAGUUGGCGCCAGCGGUGACCUAGCGCCCUUGGCUCACCUGGCACUCGGCUUGAUCGGCGAGGGAAAGAUGUGGAGCCCGGAGACCGGCUGGGGCGACGCACAAUACGUGCUAGAAUCGCACAAGCUAAAGCCGAUUCAACUCAAGCCGAAGGAGGGUCUUUGUCUUCUGAAUGGCACUCAACUAAUCACAUCCAUCGGUGCUGAAGCCGUGCAGCGCGCCACCGUACUGAGCCAACAAGCGGAUGUGGUGGCGGCGUUGACAUUGGAAGUCCUCAAAGGAACAACCCGCGCGUUUGAGAGCGACAUUCAGAAGAUUCGGCCACAUUGGGGCCAAAGUCUCGUCGCCAAGAGGCUGCGCGCCCUUCUUCACUCGGACACAUUUCCCUCUGAAAUCGCUGAGAGCCACCGGUUCUGUCAUCGUGUGCAGGAUGCCUACACGCUGCGAUGUUGUCCGCAGGUGCAUGGCAUUGUCCAUGACACCAUAGACUUUGUCCGCGGCAUCAUCACUACUGAAAUGAACAGCGCCACGGACAACCCCCUGGUGUUCUGCGAAAGAGGAGAGAUCAUCUCUGGCGGCAACUUUCAUGGCGAGUACCCGGCCAAGGCGCUGGACUAUCUGGCCAUCGGCGUGCACGAGCUGGGCAGCAUGAGCGAGCGGCGCACUGAGAGGCUCAUCAACCCAGCGUACAGUGAGCUGCCGGCCUUCCUGGUCGCGGACGGUGGCCUCAACUCGGGCUUCAUGAUCGCUCACUGCACGGCGGCCGCGCUGGUCUCCGAGAACAAGGCGCUUUGCCACCCUGCCUCAGUGGAUUCGGUGCCCACGAGUGCUGGAACUGAGGACCACGUGUCCAUGGGCGGUUUUGCGGCGCGCAAGGCGCUCCAGGUGGUACAGAACGUGGAACGCAUCAUUGCCAUCGAGCUGCUGUGCGCGUGCCAGGCCAUCGAGUUCCUGCGGCCGCUCAAAACCACUGCUCCCCUGGAGGCCGUCUACAAGCUGGUCCGCAUGUUCGUUAAAUGCUGGGACAAGGACCGAGUGAUGGCGCCCGACAUUGACGCGGCCACGGACCUGCUGAAACAGUCGCGUGUUUGGGACAUUGUCAAGCCACACAUGGACCACUACUUCACAGUGCAGGAGGAGGAGACACGAAUGCCUUCACCGACGACAUCUGAAAUCAGCGUGGCAAGCUCAAGCAAGAAACGCAAGGUGGACAACCACGACUACUGAACGACAGGCAAUUCUGGCAAUUGCACUGGUAAUUAGCAAACCUCGUUGCUUUCAGUUACUGUCGCAAAA